AUGCCUCGUACGACUCGUGCCCGCUCCAAGAAGAACGGAGCCCGUGGCGGUCGCCAGUCAAGAGAGCAAGAUGAUGAGGUCCCAGAAGUAUACCGGGAGAUGCUGGCAGAAGCCGAAGCUCGAGAUCCCGGCAACCUAGAGAAUGAUCGGCCAAUAAAGAAGCGAAAGGUACAGGGGCAAUCACUGGCAUCUCCUGCUCCUUCUCAGACUACAAAACAAGAAGAUCAGCAUCCGUCAAAGCAACAAGAAAAUGUCAACCUGCAAGUACAAACUGUUUAUGACUCUUCUUCCUCUGACGAAUCGGAAAUGGAGUGGGAAGAGGUUGACAUCUUGCAAGCACCUGCUGCUCCUAUUCAAACAGCACCUGCUCCUGGAGAAAAUGAGACCAUGCAGAUCACUCUUGACCCUCAUCAGGAUCAGAAGCGGAAAGUAAUUAGAAGGCGGAAACCAAUUACAGCAGCCGAGAGAGAGAUGAGAUUACAUGUACACAAGGCCCAUCUGCUUUGUCUCUUAUCCCAUGCCCAGUUACGAAACCUCUGGUGCAACGACGAAGAGAUUCAGAUGUUGACAAAACGCGUGAUCUCGCUUCUGAAUCCAUCACAGGAACAGCCACAGUAUACAAGGUCGACAACGUUCAUUGAUGGGCUUAAUCAGGCCAGCGAUGCAUUCUUGAAGAGAUUCAGAGUUAUAAAGUCAGGUUUGAAACGAGCUCAUUGGGCAGAUGAUUCUCUUGCCUUGAAACAAAGAGUGGAAGAUAUCAUGUCAGACGCAGAGAUGUUCUUAUCGAAGGAUGAUUUUCAAAAACAGGCCAAGACACUUCAAGGCUCUCGUGAUUUUGGUGCCCAGUUGUUCUGUGCCCUACUACGCUCCGUAGCUGUGGAAGCUAGGCUCGUCUGUUCAUUACAGCCAUUGCCAUUUACUGGAACAACCAAACAAAUGACUCCUACUAAGCCGGGACGGCAGGUUAUCGUGAUGUCGUCUGAUGAUCUUGAUACUUCUACGGAUGAUUUGGCGAAACGGGGAGCAUCUCCAACACCGCCAAGGACCAGAAGACUUGGUCGGCCACAAUUUAAACCCUCGACUCAACUGAAGAGCUUCGUUGCCAACUCACGCCCUAGUAUCCGAGAAUCAUCAUUCCCUGUAUUCUGGGUCGAGGCUUUCAACGAAGCGAUGCAGAAAUGGGUUCCUGUUGACCCAUUGGUGACGAAGUCGAUUGCGAAAUCUUUCAAAUUUGAGCCGCCAUCAAGUGAUCCGUAUAACUGUAUGAGUUACGUCAUUGCCUUUGAGGAAGAUGCUUCGGCAAGAGAUGUCACGCGCCGCUACUCAAAGGCCUUUAAUGCCAAAACACGCAAACUACGCGUAGAGUCAACCAAGAAUGGGGAAAGAUGGUGGGGCCGGGUUAUGCGGUUUUAUGAGAAACCUUUCCUCGAGGACCGUGAUGAAGUUGAAAUAAGCGAGCUUACGGCCAAAAUUGCUGCGGAGCCUAUGCCUCGGAAUUUACAAGAUUUCAAAGAUCACCCGAUCUAUGCGCUCGGGCGGCAUCUUCGCCGUCAUGAAGCCAUCUUUCCGAAACGUGUCGUUGGACAGGUUAGCGUUGGCAAAUCAGGGUCAAGAAACCAAGUCUUGGAACCUGUUUAUCGCCGCUCCGAUGUCCAUGCUUUGCGAAGUGCGAACAGGUGGUUUCGAUUGGGUCGGGACAUAAAGGUUGGUGAGCAGCCGUUAAAGCGUGUUCAAUCUCAUAGGAAUCAAGUUAUGGCUAUUGAGGAAGACGCGGGGGACUCUGAACAGUACACCGAAACAGCUUUAUACGCUUAUCACCAAACCGAACUAUAUAGACCGCCAUCAGUCAUUCAAGGGAAGGUUCCAAAAAAUGCUUUCGGAAACCUUGAUGUCUACGUGCCGAGCAUGGUUCCCUCUGGAGGAGUCCAUAUCAAGCAUUCUGAUGCUAGGCACGCCGCUAAACUCUUGGGUAUUGACUACGCAGAUGCCGUAACGGGCUUUGAUUUCAAAGGGCGCCAUGGGACAGCCGUAAUUCAGGGUGUUGUCAUUGCUAAGGAGUAUGAGGAGGCAUUAAAAGAAGUUCUAGGUUGUCUUGAAGACCAAAAGUUGCAGGCUGAGCUCGAGCAGAAAUCGGCCGAAUCGCUCCGGCUUUGGAAACAUUUCUUGCUCAAGCUUCGCAUCGCAGAAAGAGUCCAAAGCUAUGCCGUUGAAGGCGAAGAGGCUGAUGACGAAGAGAGCGUUGCAUCAAGUAAUAAUGACCACGGCAGUCCAGAAGAAACCGGUGGUGGAUUCAUCCCUGAACCAAACCAGGAAACUAUUGGUUCACAGUACGUCGCUCAAGAACGCCACUUUGAAAGCCCCGCUGCGCCCAAAGAUGAUGAUCUUCUCGGCGGACGAUUCAUUCCUAACGACGGUGAGAGACAUCAGGAAACUGUCCAAGAAUCAGUUCUUGAAGUGGCAAGUGGCCCCUCUCACACAAAUAGAGAAGAACAGUCUCUCUACUCGCUUGUCGUCAUGUCCGACGAUACGAACACUGCGAGAAGCACAACACCCUACCAAGGCGCCACAAUGUUGCCCGAGGCUUCAGCGCCCGGCUCAAGGGACAAAGAAGGACAUAGGGAUGGAGACCGAAAGAUUCCCGAAGGGGUUCCGUCAGACACUCCUAUCUUGGUUGAGUCAUCUACAGCAGCGGACACGCCCUCUGGGAGUGUCAAGGUCGUUUCGCAGCCUCUUUCAGCAACGCAGUCACGUAUUGAAUCUCCAGUGACUUCAGACGAAGAGUCGAAUAGUAACGAUGAAGGGUCCUUGUUAUCGCAUGAUCCAGAAGAUGAAGAUGCCAUUCCAGAGUGGCUCAUGUCUGAUUAA